UUAAAAAUAAAAUAAUGGCAGGAAUAAUGAAGCAAGUCUCUACAAUCCUCAUGGCCAUGGUGUUGAUGGCAGCGGUGGCCGAGGCGGAGAUCACCUGUGGCACGGUGUUGAGUCACAUCUCGGUGUGCAUUCCCUACGUCACAAACAAAGGCCCGAUCGGGGCAUGCUGCAACGGAGUCAAGUCUCUGAAUGAUGCCGCCAAAACCACGCCAGACCGUCAGGCCGUCUGCAACUGCCUCAAAAAUAUGGCCACCUCGACCCCCAGCAUCGACUACGGUAAGGCCGCCGGGCUGCCUAAAGAAUGCGGCGUCGACAUUCCCUACAUCAUUAGCCCGGACAUUGAUUGCUCAAAGGUGAAGUGAUGAUAUUAUCUAUGGAGAAGGUGAAUAUGGAUUUGUGGCAGCGUUGGAGUUAUGUGUGUUGUUAAUAAUAAGUAACGAUUUGUUGAUAAACUAUUUUCAAAGAGGGUGUAACUAUAUAUGAAUGAAUAUAUAACUAUUUUCUGGUUUUUGAAGUUA